AUGGGGACCGAGAACACUCGUUUAGAGAUAUCAGAACCCUUGUUGGUGGAGCCUGAGAAUCGUGGAGGGUCCGUUGAAUCUGAUGAUUUGGAAGAAAUCCCAGAUUGGAAAGAGCAAAUCACGAUCAGAGGGUUGGCUGUGAGUGCUUUGUUAGGGACUUUGUUCUGUAUCAUUACCCACAAGCUGAAUCUAACAGUGGGAAUCAUCCCGUCCUUGAACGUCGCUGCUGGAUUAUUGGGUUUCUUCUUCGUCAAAUCAUGGACUGGGGUUUUGUCCAAAAUCGGUUUCUCAGUUGUACCAUUUACCAAGCAAGAGAACACCGUAAUUCAGACAUGCGUUGUGGCUUGUUACGGCCUGGCCUUCAGUGGAGGAUUCGGUUCUUAUAUAAUUGCCAUGGAUGAGAGAACGUAUAAGUUAAUUGGCACAGAUUAUCCUGGUAACCGGGCAGAAGAUGUGAUAAACCCAGGACUGGCGUGGAUGAUUGGAUUUUUGUUUGUCGUCAGUUUUCUUGGGCUAUUUAGUCUUGUGCCUCUGCGAAAGGUGAUGGUCUUGGAUUACAAGCUUACAUAUCCCAGCGGAACAGCCACGGCCAUGCUGAUAAAUAGUUUCCAUACUAACACGGGAGCUGAGCUUGCAGGAAAGCAGGUACAUUGUCUUGGAAAAUAUCUCGGGAUAAGUUUCAUUUGGAGCUGUUUCAAGUGGUUCUUCAGUGGUGUGGGAGAUUCUUGUGGAUUUGAUAAUUUUCCCACUCUUGGCUUGGAAUUAUAUAAGAAUACAUUUUAUUUCGACUUUAGUCCAACUUAUGUGGGUUGCGGCCUCAUUUGUCCUCAUAUUGUAAAUUGCUCUGUUCUUCUUGGAGCAAUUAUAUCAUGGGGGUUUCUUUGGCCAUUUGUUACUCGGCAUGCUGGGGACUGGUAUCCAGCUGACCUUGGGAGCAAUGACUUUAAAGGACUUUAUGGAUAUAAGGUCUUCAUAGCUAUUUCCCUCAUCCUUGGUGACGGUCUUUAUAAUUUGAUCAAAAUUAUAUCCCUUACUGUGAAAGAAAUUUGCAACAAAAGCACCACAAAUAGUAACCUCCCCGUCAUAAAAGAGGCCACAGAUAGAGAGGGGUAUAAAUUGCUUGCCGAGGAAAGAAGGAAGGAUGAGGUAUUUCUGAAAGAUAGAAUACCAACAUGGUUUGCAGCAUCUGGAUAUGUUGGCCUAGCAGCAAUAUCGACAGCAACAAUGCCAAUGAUCUUCCCACCCUUGAAGUGGUAUUUGGUUCUUGGCGCUUAUGUUGUUGCACCUGCCCUUGCUUUCUGCAACUCCUACGGCACCGGUCUUACUGACUGGAAUCUAUCAUCAACUUAUGGGAAGCUUGGUCUUUUUCUAUUUGCUUCUUUAGUCGGAGACAAUGGCGGAGUUAUUGCUGGACUAGCAGCUUGCGGUGUUAUGAUGUCAAUUGUUUCAACAGCUGCUGAUCUUAUGCAAGACUUCAAGACGGGUUAUCUUACUCUUUCUUCAGCCAAGUCUAUGUUUGUAAGUCAGCUAGUAGGGACAGCCAUGGGCUGUGUGAUUGCUCCCCUUACAUUUUGGUUAUUUUGGAGCGCUUUUGAUAUCGGGUUACCUGAUAGUCCAUACAAAGCCCCUUAUGCUGUAAUAUUUAGAGAAAUGGCCAUCCUAGGUGUUGAGGGUUUUUCAGAGCUCCCCAAGCAUUGUUUGGCCAUGUGUUGUGGGUUUUUUGUGGCAGCAUUCUUAGUUAACCUUUUGAGGGAUGUGGUUCCAAAGAAAAUCGCACAAUUCAUCCCGAUUCCGAUGGCCAUGGCUGUUCCAUUUUACAUUGGAGCUUACUUUGCUAUCGAUAUGUUUGUUGGGACUGUCAUCCUCUUUAUAUGGGAGCGGAUUAAUCGGAAGGAUGCAGAGGAUUAUGCCGGUGCAGUUGCGUCGGGUUUGAUAUGUGGCGACGGAAUAUGGACAAUUCCUUCAGCAGUGCUAUCAAUUUUCAGGAUUAAUCCUCCCAUUUGCAUGUCAUUCAACCCUACAGUUGCCUGAGCUACAUCAUUGAAAGCUAGCUCACAUUGUACACAAUGAAAUGAAACAAAGCUAGUGAUUUAUAUUUUACUUUGUAUAUACAGUUCCUCGUCCUUCAAAUUCUAAGAUAGUCUUUGCUUUCUCAGCGUCCUUGAUGUUCUAAGGAAAGACUUCACAUCAUUUCAUUUUUUAAGGAAAAAUACCAAUUAGUGAAGGUCCUAUUUGAGUGCA